UGGAUAUAAGGCCGAGUUGGGGGAGAGCUCAGACACUUUACUGCACAGACCCAGGAUCAGACAGGCAGCAGGAUGCGGGUGGACCUGGUGGUGGUGUGUGUGGCCGCUGUGGCUCUCUCUCUCCCCGCUCUCUCAACAUGUGACCCACUCUAUGUGAUGUCGGCUCCUAACCUCCUGAGGGUGGGCACCCCAGAGAAGGUGUUUGUGGAGGCCCAGGACUACACUGGAGGAGACCUGAAUGUGAAGAUCUCUGUGAUGAAAUACCCAAAGAAGGACAGAGAGUUCACCACCGCAUCUGUCACUCUCACCAAAGACAACAAUUACAUGCUGCUGGCAGACAUCACGAUUCCUGACGGAAAAGAUAACUUUGAGGAGGACGACACCCUGAACCAGUACGUCUACCUGCAAGCCCAGUUCCCAGGCCACCUGCUGGAGAAAGUGGUGCUGGUCUCCUUCCAGUCUGGAUACAUCUUUGUGCAGACAGACAAGACCAUAUACACACCUUCAAGCUCAGUUUUGUACAGAGUGUUUUCACUCAAUCCCUCCAUGCGGCCUGUAGAAAGUGGUGUGUCUGUGGAGAUCAUGACCCCAGAUGGAAUCACGAUCAGCAGGGAGGUCAUCUACUCUAAAGAAGGAAUCAAGACUGGAGAACACAAGCUGACCGAGCUUGUCAGCUUUGGAACCUGGAAGGUGGUAACGAGGUUUGUUGACACGCCUCAGAGAAACUUCACUGCUGAGUUUGAGGUCAAAGAAUACGUUCUUCCCAGCUUUGAGGUGUCUUUGACUCCAGGGAAAGCCUUCUUCUAUGUGGACGACCCAGACAUGACAGUUGACAUUGUUGCCAGGUAUUUGUACGGAAAGGAGGUGACUGGGGUGGGAUUUGUGGCGUUUGGAGUGAUGACCAAGGAGAAUGAGAAGACGAGUCUGGCAGAGUCACUGCAGAGGGUAGAGAUAAGAGAUGGUAAAGGCACAGCAGUGCUGAAGAAAGACCAGAUCACACGGACUUUCCCAGAGAUAAACGAGCUGGUCGGCUCCACCCUCUAUGUGUCUGUUAGUGUGCUAACAGAGACAGGCAAUGAGAUGGUGGAAGCUCAGAAGAGAGGCAUACCAAUUGUCACGUCUCCAUACACCAUUUACUUCAAGAGGACCCCUAAAUACUUCAAGCCAGGGAUGCCCUUCGAUGUCUCGGUCUUGGUGACAAAUCCAGACGGCUCCCCUGCAGAAAUGGUUGAUGUGGAGGUGACGGAUCUUGAUAAAUCCAUGACGGGGUCCACUCGCUCCAACGGCAUGGCAAAAGUCGCCGUCAACACACAGGGUGGAUCCUCCAAACUGUCAAUCACUGUGAAGACCAAGGAUCCUGGUCUCACUGAUGCUCGUCAGGCUAGACAGUCCAUGAUAGCGUUGCCUUAUAAGACCAAGGGAGGCUCCAAGAACUAUCUGCACAUUGGUGUGGAUGCAACAGAGCUGGCUAAAGGAGAUCAGAUCAAGGUCAACCUGAACAUAGGAGGAAGCCCUGGAGCACAGCAUCAAGACUUCACUUACCUAAUCCUGAACAAAGGGCAAGUUGUGCAGGCCAAAAGGUUCAAGAGACAGGGCCAGACUCUAGUGUCUUUGUACUUUCGGGUGACCAAGGACAUGAUCCCCUCCUUCCGUAUCGUGGCAUACUACCAUGUGGGCUCGUCUGAGGUGGUGUCUGACUCAGUCUGGGUGGACGUGAAGGACACUUGCAUGGGGACGCUGAAAGUGGAACCCUCUCGCCCUACUGCAGUCUACUCCCCCCUCGAGUCCUUCAGUCUGAAGAUCACUGGAGACCCUGGGGCCAGAGUGGGUCUGGUGGCUGUGGAUAAAGGAGUCUACGUCCUCAACAACAAGCACAGACUCACCCAGAGCAAGAUCUGGGAUGUUGUUGAGAAGUCUGACACAGGUUGCACAGCAGGCAGUGGUAAGGACAGUAUGGGGGUGUUUCAUGAUGCUGGUCUCAUCUUCAAAUCAAGCACUGCUGGAGAAACAGAAUCUCGUCAAGAACCCACAUGCCCAAAGCCACCCAAGAGGAGACGUAGAGCCAUCACCAUUCAGGACUUGCAGAACUCUCUGACUGCUAAGUACAAGGGAACAGAGCGUCAGUGCUGUGUGGAUGGAAUGAAGGACAACAUCAUGGGGUUCACCUGUCAACGUCGAACGGAAUAUAUCACAGAUGGAGACAAGUGUGUGAAGGCCUUCUUGCACUGCUGCACGGAGAUGGCCGAUCAGAAGAAAGAAGCCAAAGAUGAGCAACUUCAUCUAGCCCGCAGUAGUGAGGAUGAUGAUUACUACACAGACUGGGACAACAUUGUUUCCCGUUCCCAGUUCCCAGAGAGUUGGCUUUGGGAUGAUGGGGAUCUUCCCCAGUGCCCCCCAAAUGACAAACACUGCACUUCCACCUCCAUUACAAAGAAGAGCUUCCUGAAAGACUCCAUCACCAGUUGGCAGGUUACAGCCAUCAGCAUUUCAAAAACUCAUGGGAUCUGUGUGGCGGAGCCCUACGAAAUGAUUGUAAUGAAAGAUUUCUUCAUCGAUCUGAAGCUGCCCUACUCUGUAGUGCGAAAUGAGCAGAUUGAAAUCAAAGCCAUCCUCUAUAACUACAAAGACUACGAAAUCAAGGUGCGUGUGGAGCUUUUGGAGACCAAGGACGUGUGCAGCGUGGCCACCAAGAAGGGCAAGUACCGCGACACCAUUGAAAUGGAUGCCAUGACGUCACGAGCAGUUCCCUUUGUCAUGAUCCCCAUGCAGCUGGGCAAACACACCAUCGAGGUGAAGGCAUCUGUGUACGACAAGCCACACCUCCACGAUGGUGUCAAGAAGGACCUGCUGGUGGUGUCUGAAGGUGUACGGACGGAGGUUCCUGUGAAGAAAGUCUUUCUGAACCCAGCAGGUCAUGGUGGGCAACAAAUUGAGGAAAUUCUGAGCAAAAUCCCAAAGAAACAGGUGCCCGGCACACCGGCCAGUACUUACUUCUCGGUCUCAGGGGAGCAGAUCAGCCAGACCAUUGAGCAAGCCAUCACAGGACACUCCAUGGGCUCCCUCAUCCAGCAACCCGGAGGCUGUGCAGAGCAGACCAUGAGCUCCAUGACACUUCCCCUCAUCGCCACCCACUACCUGGACUCCACCGUCCAAUGGGAGAAGGCGGGGCUGGAGAAGAGAGACAAAGCCAUCGAAUACAUCAAAUUUGGUUAUCAGCGAGAGUUGUCCUUCCGUAAAACAGAUGGGUCUUAUCCCAUUUAUAAACUAAACCACAGCAGCGCUUGGCUAACAGCGUACGUGGCUAAGGUUUUUGCCAUGGCCAGUAACAUCAUUAGCAUUCAGGAGAACGUGAUCUGUGACGCCCUCAAGUGGCUGGUGCUGUACUCCCAGCAGCCAGAUGGCAUCUUCAGGGAGACCGCCUAUGUGUACAGUGCAGCGAUGGUGGGUGGCGUAAGAGGAAAUGAUGAGGACGCUUCUAUGACGGCGUUUGUGCUGAUCGCCAUGCAGGAGGGCAGUCAUCUUUGCAUCGAGACUGUUGCUAGUCUUCCAGCCAGCAUGAAGAAAGCUCGUGAAUAUCUGGAAGGCCGGCUAAGGACAUUGACCAAUCCCUACGCUGUUGCCAUGGUUUCCUAUGCCCUUGCCAACGAAAAAAAACUGAACCAGGAGAUCCUGUUCAAACAUGCUACAGGUGGCACUCACUGGCCAGUCCAAGGCAAUCAUCUCUUCACUCUGGAGGCCACAGCGUAUGCCCUUCUUGCCCUGGUGAAGGCAGAGGAGUUUGAGAAGGCAGGUCCCAUCGUGAAGUGGCUGAACGAACAGCAGAAAUAUAGAGGAGGCUACGGAUCCACACAGUCCACCAUCAUGGUGUUCCAGGCUGUGGCUGCUUACAUAGAGCAGGUCAAGCAGCAGGAGCAGAACAUGGAAAUUGACAUCAAGGUCUCCGGGCGCACCAAGCCUAUUAAGUGGACUUUCACCAAAAGCAAUGCCUUCCUAACCCGAUCAGACAAGAUGGACAUGAACCAAAACCUGACUGUGCAUGCCACUGGGACUGGGGAGGCAACUCUGUCGGUAAUGACUCUGUACUAUGCCAUGCCCAGUGACAUAACCACAGAAUGCAAGAUGUUUGAUUUAGAGGUGAAGCUGGAGAAGCAAGACAAAGUAACAUACAUGGAUGCCACUGAAACGUACCUGCUCACCAUUGAUGUCUUGUACCUGUCAAAAGAACGUCAUGCUACCAUGUCCAUCCUGGACAUUGGACUGCUGACUGGCUUCAGGGUGGAUGAAACUGAUCUCAUGAGAUUGUCCACAGGUGCAGACAGGUACAUCCAGAAAUUUGAGAUGGACAAGAUGCUGUCAGACAGAGGCUCCCUCAUUAUCUACCUGAAUCAGGUCUCUCAUACCAGAGCAGACAAAAUUGCUUUUAGGAUCCACAAGAUGAUGGAGGUGGGUCUGCUUCAACCUGCUGCAGUGACUGUGUACGAGUAUUUUGAUAUGGAUAACCGCUGUGUGCGGUUCUACCACCCUCUAAAGAUGGGUGGCGAGCUGAACAGGAUCUGUUACAAAGACCUCUGCAAGUGCGCUGAAGAAAGCUGCUGUAUUCAGAAGACAGGAGAAGUGAAUGACGGUGACAGAUCUGACAAGGCUUGCGAACAAGGCGUGGACUAUGUUUAUAAAGUCACAGUGGAGAAGAUGAACCUGACUUUCCACACAGACAUCUACCACAUGAAGGUCACCCAGGUCAUCAAAGAGGGUUCUGACUUUGGUGUGGAGGGUCAAACGCGUGAGUUCAUUGCCCAUCCUAACUGCAGGAUUAACGUGGCGCUGCAGGAGGGGAAGACCUACCUGAUUAUGGGUCACAGGGAUGACGUGAUACAACUUGAGGGCAGCUUUAGAUACCUGAUGGGCCAUCAGACCUGGUUGGAGUACUGGCCAACUGAGGUGGAGGGCCAGUCACCAGAGUACAAGGACACCUAUACAGGCAUCACGGGCCUUGCUUUCGAAGUCACUAAUUCUGGAUGUGCCAUAUAGGAUAAUAACCAUAUAGGAUAAGCCUAUUUUCACAGUGUUGUUGUUGUUGUUGUUGUUUUUUCUUUUGACAAAUUAUGUUUCAAAAUAUUGUCCACAUUGCUACAGAUUUUUUUUGUGUUUUUAAAGAGAUUACGGUCUACUUAGCCCAAAGCUAACAUUCAUAUUGUGUUUAGAACUACCUGGGCUGACAGUUGACAGCCUUUCAGGUACCUUCUACUGAUUUCAAACUGACAAAAAUCGCAAUUGCUGGAUGCCAUUUUGUUUUGAGUUCUGCAAUUAAAGAAAUAAAUUGAUAUUUUGAAUGUA